GUUGUUGAUUUGGCUCAGUGAAGGUUUACGUGUUGUAGAUACAUAUUUGUUGAACUGAAUUUCAUAAAAUCGCUGACAUUUAUUCAAAUAUCUAACACAUAUUAUUAAGUGUAGCAGUAGCAGUGUGUUUAAAGAACCUCUAUUUAAUUGGUAUAAAUCUGAAUUCACUUUCAAUUUUUGUAAUUCAUUGAAAAACAUAUUUUCAUUAACAGUACAGUAUUCGUUCUACAUUUUAUCAUCUUUAAGGCCGUUUGCACAGCCUAAACUGAACAAACUAUUCACCUUUUCAUCUAUAAAAUUUGCACGGCCAUUAUUAGAGAAUUGAUACCUUUGUAUGAUUGUAGUGAUUGAUUCUUGUAACUUGAAGGUGAUAAAAAUAAAAGCAAAUUUCAAGUUGUAAUUAAAAAUGAAAUAUGUCUUCUAAUGAAUUACAAAUUUGAAAAAAUAAAUCUGAAACAUGGUACCGUUUUAAGUAGUGAUUGAUUCUUGGAACUUUAUGAUUGAAACAUUUCUUGAAUUCUGAAUUGAUUGAAAGUCUUGAAAUUAUACUGUCGCAACCACUUACUUAUUGAAAAAUUUGAGGAACUUCUUUCGGUUUUUAAAUUAUUAGCAAUUUUUUUAAACUGAAAGCAUAAGCAUUUGCUCUGCUGCUCGAUGUUUUGAAGCUUUUGGUUUACUAGAUAAUUAUAAUUGUGUAAUAACCGAAACUAUUAUCUUAAUUUUUCUACUGUUUAGCGGCUUUGUCAAAGUUUAGUAGUUCUAUUUAGUUUAGAUAAUUACCAUUACUGCUGCAUAGAUACUGUAUUACUAAAAUUCUAUAUCAGAGUAUUUACUAGCUAACAAUACUAUCAAAACUGAUAAAUCAAACUAAUAUAAUGCUAUCAAAUCUUAUGAUAUCUUUUCUCUAUGGUAAUACUAUCAAAUGUUGAUACUGUAUUAUCAAAUCAUUAUCUCUUCCAGAUUCAAAGUUGAAAUAUUUUUAUUUUAUGCUUUUAAUUUUCAAGUAUAUUAUUUUCAAGCUUGCAAAUAAAUUUGUUAUCUAUGAUCCAUAUUCUUGUAACUCUUGCACAUUUAAGCGAUGUAAUAUAGAUUGGUGAUAAAACAGCCUUAUCACAAUCACCCAACUUUAUUGUCAUAUUAAACCUUGUUGAAAUUGACUCACUAUAAUUGAAUUUUUGUCAUGAUAAUUUGAGAAUCCUAGUAAUUUGACGAUAAAAACUUGAUAAUGCUUGCAUUUUGCAAUUAUGAAAUGUUUGUUGAAAGAACGUGUGAUAGUGUUGAAACAUUCCGGAAAUAUAAACUCAAAUAAAUGGAACAUUCUCACUUUCAAACUUGCCGUAAUAAAUGACAAAAUUAAAAUAGAUAUGAAUAAUUUUGUUCUAAAAUAAAAGAUAUUCCACUUUGCCGACUCAAAUAUGAGUCAUGCUGUUGCUUACAGUAUUUUUUUUUACUUUUAAUCAAUGGUGAUGUGACUAUUAGCAAAUUUUAGUGUAAACAUUUUCUACACUAAUUUCCGUUCCCUUAUCAUACCGACAUUAUCUUCUAUUAAAUUGUGCAAUGAUGACGAUGCUCCUCAAUAUCUAUGAUAUUUUACUGCACUGCAAUUCAUUGAUUUCAAUAGCAUUGUCUCUAUUGUUAUCAUCAUCAGUUCUUUGUAAUUGAAUAAUAAAUUAUUGUAUUGAACCGAGUUCUAUUGCGAUUAUAGCCAAAUGUGACCUAUCUCUUUUAUACAGCCACUGAGACAGUUCGGGAAUUAGUUUUAAUUUGUGUGUUAGUUCGUUCAGUGAUUUGUAACUAUGAACAGUUUUCCUAGAUGGGAUAGACCUCGUGUUUCAAUUGAUGAUGCGAUGCAAAAUUUCACAUUGAAGUUCGGAGAUGCGAGAAAUAACUGGAAAUGUUGUUUCUGUUGCCAUGUGAGGACCGGAACAAUUUUCCUUGGAAUAUGGCACUUGAUGCUGCACGUGCUAACGCUGUCAGUGCUGGCCGUGUUGCUGCGUCACCCCGAGAUGAUGCUUGGCGGCGAGGCCACUAUUGCCCCGCCAGGCAGCGCCGUGAGUGGUGGAGUGGGGGGUGGUGUGCACCCCGCUCCUCUGCCCACUCCGCUCAGCGUCGACGUGGACUUUCAGUCGAACGAUGUGAGGUUGAGCCUGGGCCAGGGGGGUCACGCGCCGCAUCCUAGUAGCAGUAGUCCCUGGGGAGAUUACCACCCGGCCGCUGCCGCACCAGGCCACCAUGCGUUGUUGGCCUACAGGGCCAGGCGCCAGUUGACCUACCAGGACCUGAAUGUUGGCUUCGUGAUAACUUUCUGCACGUUCUCAAUCACUCUGCUGAUGGUGUACGGCGCGAUCAGAGGCAAGCCUUCCUACCUCAUGCCUUUCUUCUGCUUGCAAGUGUUCGACUUCUGUCUUGCUAGUUUGACAGCGCUGGGCUACAUCUUCUUCCUGCCUGACGCUCACCGCAUAGUGGAGACAUGGCCGACUGUGCCCUUCCAGAGCAUGAUGCUCAACAUGGACCGCCAGAGCCUCUGCUUCCUCAUCAUUCUCGUCUUCACCCUCGCCAUGGUUGUCAAGGCCUACUUCCUAGGCGUGGUGUGGGGCUGCUACAAAUACCUGUCACUGCGCAUCCUAGCCGCGCAGCGCACCAUCCACUACAUAGACCCAGAUGUGCAGACCCUGUUGCCCGACUAUGACGCAGCACUCAAGAAGUUCCCACAGCCGCCACCCAGCUAUGCCAGCGCCAUUGCGCUCAAUGUCCCGCCGCAGAUAAGCACUUCCGCUUCCGCCUUCCCACCGCCAUACCCGGGACUGCCGGCCGGCUGUCAGACGGUCAGUGUGGCUGUGACCGGGGCUCCGGCACCCGCCGUCUAAGCAGAUUGCGUCACAAGGUCUCAACUAAAUUCGGCGUCCACGAGUAAAUUGUAGCGGAAAGCCUGUAUCAAGAAAUUUAUUUAUCUGUGGAGUAAAUUGUGGUGGAAAGCCUGUAUCAAAAGAUUUGUUUAAUUUGUGGAGUUCAAUAAUUGUUAACUGUAGCAAAAUGUUUGUUUAAUCUGUGGAGUAAAUUGUUGAGGAUAGCCUGCAUAACUGUAACCAAAAUCUGGUUGAAUUUGUGGAGUAAAUAUGUGAGAAUAACCUGCAUAAUUGUUACAAAAAAUUGGUGUUGAAUCUGUGGAGAAAUCGUGCUGGAGAGCCUGUGUAAUUGAAGAAACGUCUUGACGAAAUUGGUUCAUUUCUAAUUGAUGGAGGAAACUCUGAAAUUGAAGACGGUGCGAAGAAUAAUUGAAGAAUUAUAAUUGAAGAAAAGUCUUGGACCCGGUUUCAAGGACACUUAUUAAAUCUAUUUGUUUAAUGGUACAUUAUUGGAUUUAAUAAGUACCCUAGAAACUGGGAAACAUGUUGAGUUUCUGAGGAUAAAAAUUGUAAUUACCUAUCUUAUUAGAUAGUUCAACCCAAGAAAAUUAUAUUUUAAAAAGCACAUUAUAAACUAGAGAGGAUCAUUCCAUCUAUGCCUGUUGAAAUAUUCAAACUUCUUGUCAUAGUGUAUUUUAGCUUUUUUGAUGAGAAUCAGAGUCGAAACAAUAAAACAUUACUCAAGCAACUCUUUCUUUAUUCAUUAGUGUGUUAAAUAAUAUAAAUAAGCUUUUAGUCCAAUUAAAUUUCUCGAUCAAUUAAUUAUUUCAGUAUAUAUUUUUUAAAAGUUGGCUACAAUUCUAUGACUAUUCGAUUUCUUAUUGAAAUUCAGAGACCGUUUCUAAAACGCACAGGACUAUUUUAAUUACUCUACGAUUUUUCGCAUGAAACUCAUAAAAAAUAUUGCUAAUAAACAGAGAAUCCUAACCAUACAAUGCUAAUUUAUAGGUAUAGACCAUUAAAAGCAUAAUGAGUUUGAAUGGAAAUAUCUAUAGUGGUAAUUGUUGGGAGCGGAGUUAUGUGCUUUUUCCCAAAAAAUAUACACAUGAUAUCAAGAUCAGUAGAGGAACAUAAUAAGUCUAAAAUUCAAUAAAAAUACAAAAGAUAUACCGUAAUUGAAAUGGAAAAGAAAUUAAAAAUAAAUCAAGUAAUGUAAUUAAACAAUAAUUUCAAGAUUAAGAAAAGAAAGGUUAGUACUCUAAUGUGGUUUGAAGGAAUUAUUGUGGACCAUCAGCACUAACUAAAUCAAGUUUUUAAUCAAUUUUUAAAUGACUAUUGAAAGCUACAGGUUUUCCAUAUUUAUUCCGCACAGUCUAUUGAUUAGAAAUUAAAUUAUCUUGACUGUGUGCUUAGUUCUUUAGUGUUCUUCGUGGUUUUUAGAGAUUAAUUGUGCCAAUAUUUUACUCAAUAAAACAAUUUUCUCAAUGCUACAAUAAAACAAUUUUCAACCAUUAAGAGUUUAUACUCUAUAAUAUUUUUUUCAUCCAUUUAUUUCUAUUAAGGUUUUAUAGGGUUGCCUCAGGUUCUAAAUGUAAAUAAUAGUGGUAUGACCCUCACAGAGAUCUUAAUAAAUCAAAACCAAAUAUAAAUGUUCCCGCUAAAUUGUUGAGAUCUUGAACUUAGUACUAAAUCUUUUAAAAAAAAACAAUCUUUGCUACUAUUGUAACUACAAGUAUUAUUCAUUACUUUAAUUCAUCAACUUGUGAACCAUCCAUUCAUAGAUUGUGGGAAUACUGUUUUAUUAUCAUAAAUAGUAUAUAUCCUUAUUUUACUCUUAUAUUGUAAGUAAAUAUUAAGAUGUAUUUUUUUAGCAAUUGAUCUUCGAUUUAGGACUUUUUUAGCUAUAUAGCCUAUAACUAGUUUCAAUCAUGCAUUUUCUUCUCAUUCUAUUUACUCAAAAUAAACUAUUUAUGGAAUCAUUCAUGACUGAAUAAUAACCAAAACUAAAGUAUACUUCAAACAAUGCGAAUCAUUUAUAAAUUCUUCUACUAUAAUAAUAAUAAUAAUAAUGAGUGACCUGGCUGGCUCAGGUCUGGUGUCAAAGUUUCCAGGUCGCAACUGAUCAAUUUCAGGGCCUCUGACAUGACCUAACGACUGCUUUUUAGGCAUUCGGAACCGACAGCUCAACGUGUCCAUAAGAAACACGGGAGUGGCCCGAGAUAAAUAUCUUGCCCGGGCCGGGAUUUGAACCCGGGCCUCUGAAUCACAAAGUCAGCAUCUGAUCCACUCGACUACGGCCACUCCUAUAUUUAUACUUAUACUGUAUUUAUUUAUUUUUAUUUCUACUUUCUCCGUUAUUUAUUUUUCUCAAGCAAUUUAUAAUAAGGGCUUCAAAUUUUAGCAAUUUUCAAUCACUGAUACAAAUAUAUUCAAUAUUAUAUUCAUUGAUCAGUUACUGAAACAGAAGAUAUUUUAUUAAUUUAUGGUAUAUCAUUUUAUAGUUUGAGAACUUUUCGAAAAUCAAUGGAUAAUUGUAAUGGAUUGUCAAAAAUCCUCUCCAAUAUGUCUGUCUAUUUAAAUAUAAAAUGAUACGAGCAACAUUAUUCUCUCUCCAAACAUUAUAAGUCAGCAAAUAGAGUUUUUCUUGGAAUGAAGUAUUUUCUAUCCCCAGUUUAUAACCUUCAACUCAACAUGACCAGUUGACAUCACUCUAUAUUCCCAUAGCCUUGUAUUUCUGUAUAGAUUUUAAUGGGUUAUGAAUCGUAAAAACUAUCAAGUAGAUUACUAUCAUGGUAUACAUUAGUGUUGUUAAUAUUUGAAAUCAGUAGAUUUCAAUUUUGAAAAACCUGGUGGUUAGACUAUCUUGAACUAAAUCUAUUAAAAUAAUUUUGAAUAAAUCAAAUCGUUCCAGUAGUUAGCCAAGGUUUAAAUGUGUAAAGGUUGUUAUUUAUACUGUAAUAAAUUCUACAUGUCAGUCAAAUCCGAGUUAACUCUUUAAGUAUUCUUGUAUUUUAGAUUUGUUUUAAAUAUUGUCGAUAUAUAUGUAGCCAUAACUCGUAUUUCAUUUGAUGGAAAUAGAUAAAUUAUUCUUUAUUCACAUUAGAUUUGUAUUGAUUGAAUUAAAUGACUGUAUCCUGAAUGUGAUUGAGAAAAUAUAUUAUUUUGUUUUGGAAAAUUA